CUUGUUGGAAGCGGAGGAGCGGCGUCGCAAGCAUGGCCAGCGGUUACCCCAAGCCGGACGAGAAGAGCCUGCAGGCCCUGCGCGACGCGGCCAACCGCCUGCGCAUCCACUCCAUCCGCGCCACUUGCGCCUCCAACUCGGGCCACCCCACGUCAUGUUGCAGCGCUGCAGAGAUCAUGUCCGUCCUGUUUUUUCACACCAUGCGCUACAAGCCGACGGAGCCGGGCCAUGCCAGCAACGACCGCUUCGUGCUGUCCAAGGGCCAUGCGGCGCCCGUUCUCUAUGCAGCAUGGGCCGAGGCGGGCUACAUCAAAGAGUCGGAACUGCUGAAGCUGCGGAAGAUCGACUCUGAUCUGGAGGGCCACCCGACCCCUAGGCUGCCUUUUGUGGACGUGGCCACCGGAUCGCUAGGCCAGGGCCUCGGAGCGGCUUGCGGCAUGGCCUACACGGGCAAAUACUUCGACAAGGCCAGCUACCGAGUGUACUGCCUCCUGGGCGACGGGGAAUCUUCGGAAGGCUCAGUGUGGGAAGCCCUGGCGUUUGGGUCCCACUAUCGCUUGGACAACCUGGUCGCCAUCUUUGACGUCAACCGGCUGGGGCAGAGCGAGGCGGCCCCGCUCCGCCAUGACACCGACACCUACCGCAGGCGCUGCGAAGCUUUUGGGUGGAACGCCUACGUUGUCGACGGCCACAACGUGGAGGAGCUGUGCCGGGCCCUGUGGCAAGCGGGCCAGACGAAGGGGAAGCCAACGGCCAUUGUGGCCAAGACUUUCAAAGGGCGGGGCAUCCCAGGUGUGGAGGACGCGGACAAUUGGCACGGGAAGCCCAUGCCCAAGGACAAAGUGGAGUCCAUCAUCAAUGCAAUUCAGAGCCAUAUCCAGACCAACAAAGUCUUGUCUAUCCAGCCGCCCACGGAGGACGUCCCGCAGAUCAGCAUUGCGGCGAUCAAGAUGCCUUCUCCGCCCGCGUACAAAAUUGGGGAAAAGGUGGCCACCCGCAAGGCUUAUGGCCUGGCCCUGACAAAACUGGGCAAUGCUAACGAUCGCGUGGUGGCUUUGGAUGGCGACACGAAGAACUCCACUUUUGCGGAGCUCUUCAAGCAGGCCCAUCCCGAGCGCUACAUUGAGUGUUACAUCGCCGAGCAGAACAUGGUCAGCGUGGCUCUGGGCUGUGCCGCGAGGGGCCGCACCGUUGCGUUUGCCAGCACCUUUGCCGCCUUCUUCACCCGGGCCUUCGACCACAUCCGCAUGGGGGCCAUCUCGCAGGCCAACAUCAAUCUCUGCGGCUCUCACAGUGGCUGCUCUAUCGGUGAGGACGGACCCUCUCAGAUGGCCCUGGAGGACUUAGCCAUGUUCCGAACCAUCCCGGGCUGCACCGUGUUCUACCCGAGCGACGGUGUCGCCACGGAACAUGCUGUCUGUCUGUCUGCAAACACCAAGGGGAUAUGCUUCAUUCGAACCAGCCGUCCGGAGACUCCGAUCAUAUACUCCCAGGAAGAAAAGUUUGCAAUAGGCCAGGCCAAGGUUGUGCGCAAGAGUGACAGUGACAAGGUGACGGUGAUCGGAGCGGGCGUCACCCUCCAUGAAGCCCUGACUGCUGCUGACGAGUUGGCCAAACAAGGCAUCCACGUCCGGGUCAUCGACCCUUUCACCAUCAAGCCCUUGGACGCGGAGACCAUCAUCUCCAACGCCAGAGCCACGGGGGGCCGCAUCAUCACCGUGGAGGACCACUACAGAGAGGGAGGUAUUGGUGAAGCCGUAGCAGCAGCUGUCUCGGGAGAACCCGGCCUCCUUGUCCAGAGCCUGGCUGUCUCCGAAGUGCCUCGGAGUGGGAAGCCAGCUGAGCUCCUGGACCUUUUCGGGAUCAGCGCCAAGAACAUCGUGGCGGCGGUGAAAAGCACCUUUGCCAAUUGAUGUUGCCCGCCUGGCUUUGAAGCAGAUGUGGGGAGGGGGUCACGCAGGUAUGAAAAACGGCGGUCUCUGAAAGAGCGGAGGGGAGGCUCUCUGUGAGCCUACCACACUUAAGUUCCCGAACCCAAAUUGCUUUCACUUCCUGUUGCAAUUCCACACGUGCUGCUGCAAGGGGCUUUGUGUGUGCUCGUGACCUAAUGACGCUUUUUUGGAUCUCCCUGCAUUUAAAACCCUCUCCCUCCUCUUCCUUACAAAGCCAGUUCUGUUCAUUUGCGAGUAGCUUAGCUGGGUCAAAAAGCCUAAUGAUAUGUGGGACCAAACAGUGUUUGUCUUACCUGAAUUGACUGACCCCGAUUCCUGGGCCUAGAUCCUAUCCUACUUGGCGUUCCUCUCUGUCUAUCGGGCCUGUUCCUCAGGCGCCGGGUUCCCCUGGGCCAUCUUCUAGUGGGGAAGUAAGGACACAUUGUUAGUUCCCGCCCAAAGAUAUGCAACCGAACUUCUCAAAAAGCUCUGGGUUCUUGUUGUGAUGUUAAUUUUGUCGUUCUAACCAGACUUGAAUGUGACCGAGGUUAACUGCUCCUGUUUACAUUGAUAGAAUUGCUGUUCAGCCGGUGUUCGUCUAGCAAAUUUGAUUAAAAACCUAAAAGAAA